UCUCAGUUACCUUAUUUUAUUUUAUUUCCUCGGUGACUGCUUGUGUUUCUUGCGGAGAUAUGCGAAGUUUUGCGCUAUACGCACAAAUCGCGUCGUGUUUUUUCGUGUAGUUAAUAGAAAAAAAGGUUGUGUCUCUUGAAAUGCUUUUGUGAAAUAUUACAAAACGUUACGCGUAUAUCGAUGACAGAAGUACAAAUCGGUAACGUCGAGGCUGGAACAUCGCGGAAGAUGGCUACUACGUGGCAUCAACAGGUAUUUGCACUCGACGCAAAGUAUAAUACACUGCGGGCUAAUAAGCUCCCCAGUCUGGGUAUGUUAUACAUUCGUCGAAGGAAUCAACUGCUUAGGGAGAAAUUUUCUACUGAUCCAGAGAUUGGCGCACGAUACUUGAAAUUACGGUCAGAACUAUUACGGCGACGUUAUGGAGAAAAAUUGGAGCAAAACAGUGUGGGAAGUCGCACUAUAAGUGAAGAAUCGUCGGAAAACAGAGCGAGAUAUCAGCAUGUACAACGAAAAUCAACAGCAGAGAAUUUUGCAUUCGCCGGAGUCCAUCAUGUUUUUGAUCAGCACAAGGUGGCUGUAACAAUGCUCAAGUUUGCCAAUAAUGAUAGGUCCAAAUUAUGUUGCGCAUCGUUGGAUGGUACAUUGUCAAUAUGUGAAGUCGUCAGUACACCUCCAAAGGUGAUUGCUCUUUUGGAGGGCCAUCGUAACGGUGUAACUGCACUUGAUUGGAGUAUCAGCAACGAUCUGAUUGUUUCUUCCUCUUUGGACGCGACAAUAAGGCUGUGGAGAGUAUGCACGGAUGUAGAGCCGGUUUGUUUGCGAGUAGUGGACGAUCAACAGCGAGCAGAAGUCCUCUGCUGCAAUUUCAUACCUGCCAAUAAUAAUUUAAUAGUAGCUGGCAAUUCUCAAGGAUUGAUCCAGACCUUGAAUGUAUCUACCGGCAUAUAUACGCGCGGUGGAUCCUGCAAAAUCGGCGGAAAGAUUCUUUCCCUGGCAUGCGAGGGCAGCGGUGGUUCAAUGAUCUGGGCAGGCAAUGACAGAGGCGUUAUAGUGGCUUUUCGACUAGAAACUGGCAUAGGACGGUUGACAAAAUUGCAAAGAGUGCAGGAGAUUGGUGGAAUGAUAACCAGUCUCUCCUGGCGUUCUUGGCUAUCAAAGGAUGCUCCUUGGGCUGCUUUAUUAGUAAGCAGCGCGUGCAAUGCCGUACUAUUAUAUCGUGUUGCAAACAAUCAUGGUUCUUUAUACUUUUGGAGAAAGUAUCCUAUCAAACAUAGACUAUAUCCCUUGAGGUCUACUUUCUGUCCACAAAUGGGCGCGUGCUUAAUUGAAGAUGGUGCCGUUCACUUGUUGGAUUCAGCGAGAGAGGGGAAGGCCGCUAGGAUCAAUCGACUGCACGGUCAUGCAACACCUGCAUUAGCUUUGUCUUUUAAUUAUGACGAAUCUUUACUCGCAUCUGCGGAUCAUGACGGAUUGAUUAUCCUAUGGCGUAAUCAUCAACGUAAUUUAUAAAAAGUUGUGAGGAAUUUUAUCAAACUAAAAAAAUGGCUCGCAUUCAGGUUCUUCGGGCUUUAAAGCAAAUUACAAAAAUAUUACGACAUAAUAAUAAAUA